UGCCCACAAACUCGGGUCGUGUCCUCCUCGCAUACUCUGGCGGUCUGGGUACGUCCUGCAUUCUAGCAUGGUUGAUUGAACAGGGCUAUGAGGUCUAUGCCUUUAUGGCCGAUGUUGGACAAGAGGAAGACUUCGCCGCUGCUGAGAAGAAGGCCCUCAAAGUCGGCGCCAAAAAGUUCUUCCUAGAGGAUCUGAAGCGCGAGUUUGUCACUGAACUUAUCUACCCUGCCGUCCAAGCCAACUGUAUCUAUGAGGACGUAUAUCUCCUCGGUACCUCUUUGGCACGACCAGUAAUUGCUCGAGGCAUGAUCGCCAUUGCUGAACGCGAAGGUUGCGAGUAUGUCUCGCACGGAUGCACAGGCAAAGGGAACGACCAAGUCCGAUUCGAGCUGGCCUUCUACGGGCUUAAACCAGAUAUCAAAGUCAUUGCGCCAUGGCGUAUUCCUGGAUUCUACAAUCGUUUCCCUGGCCGUCAAGCCCUCCUCCAAUACGCCGAUCAAAAGGAUAUCCCCGUCGUCCAAACCGCGGCCAAGCCCUGGUCAACAGAUGAAAACCUGUUCCACAUCUCAUACGAAGCUGGUAUCCUCGAAGAUCCCAACACCACUCCCCCUGUCGACAUGUGGAAGCUGACCACCGCCCCUGAGGAUGCCCCCACCCAACCCGAACGCAUUUCUAUCGAAUUCAAAGGUGGUCUUCCCGUCAAGGUGUCCGUCCCAGAGCAGGGCAAGGAAUACACCGAUGGCGUCGAGAUCUUCCUCGCUCUCAAUGCUCUUGGCCGGAAGCACGGCAUCGGUCGCAUCGACAUCGUCGAGAACCGCUUUAUCGGCGUCAAGUCGCGUGGCUGCUACGAGUCCCCUGGCGCAACGAUCCUGCGCGUCGCACACGUCGACCUCGAGGGCCUUACGCUCGACAGGAAUGUUCGUGCUCUCAGGGACCAGUUCGUCACGAUCGAGUUCAGCAGGAUCCUCUACAACGGCCACUUCUUCACGCCUGAGCGUGAAUUUGUCACGAGCUCGAUACCGACGAGCCAGCGGACUGUCAACGGUCUUGUCAGGAUCAAGCUGUACAAGGGCAACGUCGUCGUUGAGGGACGUGAGUCCUCCGAGGGUCUCUACGAUGAGCAGCAAUCGUCCAUGGACGAGCUUGGUGGUUUCGAGCCUACAGACACCUCUGGCUUCAUCCAGAUCGAGUCAAUCAGAAUCAAGAAGUGGGCACAGGCCAACAUCCGCAAGGGUCAAGCUGGUGUUACCCCUCAAGACGUGUACGGCAGCAGGGUCUAAU